CACUGAUUUCCAUAGAACUAGUCUCAAAUUUAUUUUCCUAAUAAGAAAUGGAUUUGAAAUCAACAUUCUCAAUUUUAUUCUUAUCCUUGGUGAUGUUAGCACUAGCAAAUGGUUCUAAUGCUGGCAAAAUUGUAAUCUAUUGGGGCCAAAAUGGUAAUGAAGGAACCUUAGCUGAGACUUGUGCAACAAGGAACUAUGAAUAUGUGAUCUUAGCUUUUUUGCCAACCUUUGUCCCUAACCAAACUCCUAUGAUUAAUCUAGCUGGUCAUUGUGUCCCACAAAAUAAUGGUUGCAUUGGAUUAAGCUCGGACAUCAAAUUUUGUCAAGGCAAAGGAAUCAAAGUAUUGCUAUCUUUAAGAGGAGACAAAGGUAGUUACCCACUUGCAUCCAUUCAAGAAGCAAGUCUUGUAGCAACUUACCUUUGGAACAACUUCUUAGGCGGAAACUCAUCGUCUCGCCCUCUCGGUCCCGCUAUUCUCGAUGGCAUUGAUUUCGACAUCGAAGGAGGAUCAUCAAACCAACAUUGGAGUGAUCUUGCUAGGUACCUUAAAGGAUAUAACGAGAAAAAAGUUUACAUAACUGCAGCACCUCAAUGUCCAUUUCCUGACGCUUGGUUAGGAAAUGCUCUUAAAACAGGACUUUUUGAUUAUGUUUGGGUACAAUUCUACAAUAACCCUUCUUGUGAAUACAUUUUUGGUGAAAUGAAGAACUUUGAAGAUUCAUGGAAGAAGUGGACAACAAGAAUACCUGUCAAGAAGAUAUUUUUGGGGCUACCAGCUUCUUUAGAGGCUGCAGGAAGUGGCUUUAUACCUGUUGAUAAUCUUACUUCCAUUGUGCUUCCAGCUAUUAAGGGUUCUUUUAAAUAUGGUGGUGUUAUGUUGUGGUCUAGGUACUAUGAUGUUUUGAGUGGUUAUAGUUCUUCUAUUAAGAGCUAUGUUUGAAAUUUAAUUACUUGUGUUGUGAAUUAUAUAUAUGUUGAGUUUGAGGAUGAAACUUUUUUUUAAAUUAUUUUAUUAUGUGUUAAUUAAACCUUAAAUUGUGGUUGCGGACAUUGUCACAGGUUGUGAUGCAUAUUGUAGUUGUUGUGAUAUAAAUAUAUUUUUUAUUAACUUAAA